GCCAGCAGGGUGUGCCGAAGACUGCUGGUGCGUGUCACGACUGCCUUGUCCUGUGCACGCACUAGCUUGCGCAGCCCCCUCCCUGCACCGCUCCUUCCCCACGCGUUCACCCUAAUGCGCCUCACAUAUGUUGCUGCAGGCGGGCGCAGCGGCCUGCCCGGCGCACGGCGCGGCCGUGCUCCCGCCCUGGCGCCGCUACGUCGCCACGUCGGCGUCUGCAGCUCAGUCCGCAGCGGCUGCUGCGAGCGAGUCGCCCAAGGCAGCCCUGGUCAUCAUCGGCGAUGAAGUGCUUGCCGGAUCCAUCACCGACACCAACACGCCCUGGCUAGCCAAGCUGCUGCACAGCCGCGGCGUGGACCUGAUACGUGUCACCUACAUCCCGGACUCCCGCGAAACCAUCAAGGAGGCGGUGCUGGACAGCCGGCGGCGUGUGGGACCCGGCGGCGUCGUGUUCACCAGCGGCGGCAUUGGGCCCACACACGACGACGUCACGUACGAGGCGAUUGCCGAGGCCAUGGGCGUGACGCUGCAGCUGCACGAGCCCACGGUGGCGCGCAUGAGGGAAUCCUACGCCGCCCGCGGCAUGGAGCUGAACGAGGCCCGGCUGCGCAUGGCCACGCUGCCGACGCCCGCCGAGGUGCUGUUCACUGAGGGGCUGUGGGUGCCGCUGGUGAAUGUGGGCGGCGUGUACAUCCUGCCCGGCAUCCCGCGCCUGUUCCAGUCCAUGGUUGCAGCGCACCAGGAGCGCUUCACAGGUGUGGCCUUCUCGGAGCAGCAGCUGUACACACACACAGGCGAGUCGUUCCUGGCCAAGGAGCUCACGGCGGUGGCGGCCAAGCACCCCAAGGUGGCCAUCGGGUCCUACCCCAACACCGCGGCAGACGCAGACAACACAUACAAGGUGAAGCUGGCGUUCACCGCCCGGGACGUGGACGCGCUGGCGGCGGCGGUGGCGGAUGUGAGGGCGGCGCUGGGUGACAUCUUCAUCGACUACACGCCCCCGGCAGCUACCGGGAAGUAAUGGAGCUGAUUUGCCUUCCGCGAGAACCAUAUUGGUGUUCCGGGUGGUUGAUGGGCUUGGCUUAAGUUUUUGGCGCCUAUCCAGCGCGCAAGGGUGCGGAUAGUGGGCCGUUGGUGCGGUGUGACGUCCAUCGCGUCCAUCGGAGGGGGGGGGUCUAGUUUGGCUGGCAAGUGAUUCGAUGUGCGCUUCUUGAACGCAAUUGCGGCGCUCACAAUGCGAAAGCGCAAUGUGUAGAGAGCACAGGGCUUCUGACCUAGACUUCUAUCUAGCAGCACUGUUCUUGCUGAAAGCUAAGAGUAUAUCGUGGUGAUCCGGAACGGUGCGUGGAGCAUCGCGGUGGUGUGGUAAUGUGGAGCUCAAGACUGCGUAACACUUGCAGAUACCUACUGGUC